AUGGCCUCAUCUUUCCUCACCGAUGCGGGACUAGUGUCCGAGACGGUAGGAGCAAAGACCAGUUACCGGCGCGAGUUUGACGAGAUGGAAAACCGCAUUCGGAAAUGCGAACGGGAACGAGCUGAACUGGAGCAACGUUUCGCCGAGCUGAUGCGGGAAAGAACUGAUUGCGAGCGAGCUGCAGCCCGCGCUAUGAAACAGCGCCACAAACGGCAGAUCGAAGCGGACCGUCAACGCGCGGAACGGAACGAGAGCAUUCUUAGGAUGCUGAACAAGAUCGAUCUACAGGCGGCAUCUCUGGCUGCCAAAACAGACCGACUGAAAAUGCUGAAGACCCAAUAUGAAAUGUAUCUAAUGCGUACCUGGUCUUCAGCCCAACACAACGGGUAUCAGGCACCACUGCCGAUGAUCAUGGCGCCCCCGGCGGCACCAAAAUCGGAAUUCGUGCACUACCUCUCCGAGCUAACGCAUCAACAAACGGCCAGCCUAAACAUGAUACCACCACCAACUGCCCUAAGCAGCUAUCUUGCUUCUCAGCAGAAAGCGAUGCCAAUGGUACCGUCGUUUGCUUCUACCGCGGAUGAUUCCUUGACAAGAAAGUACGAAACAAGUGCGCUAACGCCAAACGACAUAUCACCGGUUCCAUCCGUCGGUGGUACGAAAGCGAAACGUUUCGAGAUGUCUAACGAGGACUUUAUUCGAUACAUCGACAGUGAAGUAUUGAAGGAACCAAUUCCGAGCGUAAACGUAGUGGCUCCAUCGCCGGAACUCGUCAAGCAGAACCACGGAGCCUACUUGGAGGACGUGACCGUAAGUGAGGACGAACAGCGAGCACCGGAAAAAGGACCGCCCGAAACAAUGGAUCAAUUUAGUAUUGUCGAAAACAGCGCCAAGGCGCUUGGCGAGAAGGUGGAGCUGAGCUGGGCUGACGUUGCAGAUAAGAACUCUUCUCAAGUGAUAAAUAAAGAAACAAUUCGACAAAACAGCGUGAGCCUCAAGUUCAGUCUAUUUAUGAGAAACUUUCCGAAGAAGUUGAGAUUAAUACAACAGAACCCAGCGUUGCUGAGCAAGUUUCGGAAGAAGAUGCACAGCAGCAGCAGGAUUAUGGUGAAGCUCAGGGAUACGCUGGUCGACCGAUGUGAAGAACAUAAUCAACUCGUGCCAGCUAUGCUGCCUAUUGAGGAUCAUUCAAUUCAACAGUCUCGGGCUACAAAUCCCCAUUGGAGCAUGGCACGGCAAGCGAUGAAAUCCAGAGCUUUUCCCGUGGCAUCCUCCAAACCACGAGAGCCUGAAGUGCAAUUAGCUGCUGGCCUUGUCUAUGAAACUGACGUAGAGACAGUUGACCAAGAAGUAGAUCCGAAUGAAAACGUACAACAGCCAGGAAGUGCGGAGCAAACUGUAACAAAUGGUGAUGGUGAUUGUAACGUUGUUCAAUCGAUUACGACUCUUGAAGACCAGGCCGUAACUGCAGAACAGCAGGAGCAAGUGUCAUCGUCUGCCGACGGAUACCAUCGUGAUGAAAACGUGAUGUACCAAGCUCCUCAGUAUGAUGCUACUAGCUACGGAAACGAGACCCAGCAAGCGGUCACUGAAGCCUACCAGUAUCAAGCGGUUGAGGGCUCAUAUCAAGAGGGCCAGUAUGUCGAAGGGACUGCAACGGAUCAAUCUAUGUAUCAAUAUCAAGAAGGAGCGGACCAGACAAAUCCUUACGACACGUCUGGAACCUAUCUUGAUCCCAAUCAGCAACAGUAUCAGUACGAUGAAAACGCACAAUACUAUAACCAGCAGCAAAGCUAUGGCGAAGGCCAGUACUAUAGUGAAAAUGCUGACCAGCAGGCGCAACAACAACAACAACAACAGUACUACGUUGACAACACUGGCCAACAACAGCAGCAACAGGAACUGUACGAAGGCCAGGAAGAGCAACAGCAAUUGGCAACGGAUCAGUACACAGGAGAGCAACAGCAAAUGUACUACCCAUCCGAUGGACCAGACCAAGCAAACUCACAGGACGCCCCAGCAACGGCUGAAGGCGAAGCACCAGCUGGUGUAACGGACGCUGUAGAGGACCCAAGUCGGGACCAACCCGAGGCAACCAAACCUGCGGACCAUUCUUCGUUGGAUACAACUGCCGUCAGUGAUCCUGCGAAGGAUCCUUCCGUGGAAACGAAAAACACGAUCCCGUCGUCUACAAACGACCAGCCACCAGCUACCGAUACGCCAACGGUGAGUUCGGUAAACGACGAGAGCGAUUUUGAUUUCUCCACUCAGUGA